GUCGACGCAUUCGGAACGUUUUAAAAAUAAACGCGCAACGUACAAAACAGACUAAAAAAUCCACCCAGAGCGAAUUUAUAAGUUGAAAUUGAAAUUCAAAUCAGUUCAAUUCUGUUUAAUACCAAAAACUACGCAAAACUUUCAACAUGUUCAGCUCAUUUACAGCCUCUCUGAAGAGCUUUGGCGACAAGACCGCCAAUUUGUUCAGCAAGAAGAAGGAUGAGGCUGAGAAGUUGGCCAGCGAUAAGGCAGUCGAGGCACAGAAACUAGCCGAGGAGCAGGCCAAGAAGGUCGGACAGUCCGUGCAGCAGACCAAGAACGAGGCCGAGCAACUGGCAACAAGCACAGCCAAGGAUGCUGCCGCUUUGGCCGCCGCCGAGGCACAGAAGGCUGGACAGGUGCUUGAUCAAGGCGUAAAUCGCGCUGCCGGCGCCGUCAAUCAAACAAAACAGGCUGUGGACAACACCGUCAAUCAGGCCAACGCCGCCGUUCAGAACUCCAAGCAGGUAGCCGCCAAUGUGGCGGAGGCCUCCCAACGGGCAGCUGCCAAUGCAGUGGACCAGACCAAAAAGGCAGCCAACGAGGCCAUCAACAAGAGCGUCAAGGCCGCCGAGUCUGUAGCCGACCAGAAGCUGAAGCAGGCCGAGAACGCUAUCGAUGGCGCCAUGAAGCAGACUAGCCAGGCUGUAGACCAAAAGCUGCACGAGGCCAAUCAGUAUGUGGACCAGAAGCGCGAAGGACUCGAGAAGAACAUUCAGGAGGCGUCCAGCCACGCACAGGAGAGCGCCGGACAGCAGGCCACCCAGCUGCUGGGCAAGCUGCAUCUGGGCCCAAAGUAGAUGAUGCCCCAUCCCUCCCUCUAAAAACAAGCAAAAGAAAAUAACGUAAAUAAUUUCGUCUGUGUGUAAACCAAGAAAAUGCUUUACAAAACAUAAAAAAAAAAAAACAAAAACUAUGAAAAACUAAAAUGAAAAAUGAAAGGAAAUUUGCUUCAACGUAACAAGUGCCAGUAAUGUGAUUGCUAAAGAUUUA